AUGGACCUGACGGAGACUUUCGCGCCGGGAGGUGGCGGCGAGGACCUGCCGAAGACCGACUUCUUCGACUUCGUGGUGUCGCCGCCGCCGCAUUGCGCCGACGGCGUCUCCGACGAGGAGAGCUUCCUGAACCGCGGCGGCUGCCGUAGCAUGGGUUACCUCCAACAGAGCCACGAGGAGCACGAGAACCCGCGAGCCGAGCUGCACGGCUCGCCCUUCCUCAAGGAGACCAACAACAACACGCUGACGGCGUUGCCGCCGGUCUCGACCAUCACCGGCUCGCUGAGCCACCAUCAGCACCAUCAUCACGUUCACCAGCAGGUCGGCCGUUCGCAGCAUGCCGGCGUCCAGCAGUCCAACGACGCCAUGGACCAGUCCGAAUGCGACUACUGGGGCGCGGCUGAGGACGAGGGCAAAGAGCAGACGUGCAACAUUCUGUUGGAGGACCUCAACAAGUACUGCUGGUCGUCGAACGCGCACGCCAACGACGCCGGCGUGAUUCACCAGGCCGGGCCCAACGAGCACCACCAGGCGGUGGGCGGCCGCGGCUGCGGCGCUAACGACCGGCAGAACACGGACGGUGCGAUCUACACGCUGACGGUGCUCAACAACGAGGCGAACUCGAUGGACGCGUUGGACUGCUGCAAGAGCCCGGCGCCCGCUUCCGGCGACUCCUGGUCGCUCCGGCCGAACCUCGACCUGGACGCUAUCCUCAGCAUGGAGCCGUCCUCCGGUGAGCAAGAUCACGAGCAGCAGACCGCCGGUGACGUCAGCCGGGGCGUCAACGAGAGGUUUCACCCGGACCGCUUCACCGUGCCGACCUCCCAGUACACCACGGACGACAGCGGCUUCGUCGAGAGCAAGGAGCUGUGCGCACGGGCGUCCUCGGCCAACUGCUCCGGCGACAACAACAACGACUGGAAGCUGUCGGAUCAGAACCUGCAGGAGGUCGCCGCGGUGGCGGCGGCCGCGGUCGCCGUCGGCGCCGGCGACUCCGCCGAGAGUCUGCUGCGGAGCGCUCUUCAGGGUAAACUCUACACGGGACCGACUCAAUCGGUCUCCUCGUCCUCACCGUCUUCCCAAGCAUCCACCAUCUCGAUGCCGGUCUCGGCCAGCGCCGGCCUCUUGGUGCCCGACCAGCAGCAGCAGCAGCAGCAGCAGGAGGACUCCAUGCACGCGUGCACCGACGAGGACCUGCUGCUGUCGCAGUUGGACCAGACGACUUACCGACCGGGCGACUACGAGAAGCUCAAGAGCAUCGCCAACGAGGUGGUGGAGUCGUACUGCAGCUUGGAGCCGGUCUGCAACGUGUCGACCACCACGGUCAUGUACACCUUGGACCCGGCGAGCGGCAGCUUGGGCACCAUCACGUUGCCGGGCGACCUGAGCCAGGUGAGCACCGUCACGGUGGUCACGGCCGCUCAGCAAGAGGUGCUUCAGCAACAGACCGGCCAACGAGCCGACGUUGAUCAGCAGCAGCAGCAGCAACAGCAGCAGCAACAGCAACAACAACAGCAGCAGCAGCAGCCGAGCCAACUGCAGCUCACCUCGGCUCGGGUCGGCGUGACCGCCAAGCCGCCGAAGAAAUACUGCAGGCGCGGCAAUCGCAACAGCAACAACGCGAACGGCGCCAGCAACGGGAACGCCGGCGCCGAGGCGGGCGGAAACGCCGGCGGGCAACAGCAGGCCGGCUCCGGCGGCUCCCCCGGCAGCGUUCAGCGCAAGGAACGCUCCCUUCAUUACUGCAGCAUCUGCAGCAAGGGCUUCAAGGACAAGUACAGCGUGAACGUGCACAUCAGGACGCACACCGGCGAGAAGCCGUUCGCCUGUUCCCUCUGCGGCAAGAGCUUCCGGCAGAAAGCCCACUUGGCCAAGCACUAUCAAACUCACGUGACGCAGAAACCCAGCAUCCAGCAGAGCUCCGGCGGGGCAGCCGGAAACGCAGCCGCCGGCGGGAACAACGGCAACGCCAGCCCCACGGCGGACAGCAACGCCGCCGCUUCCGCGUCCUCCGCGAUCGCCAGCAGGAGUCAGGGGGACCCAGCAGCUUGCAACCCCCCUAGUUAG